AUGCACACGUAUAUGGGUCGAGUAAUCGCACCUAUAUUAUCAUGUGAUGAUGAAAGUGCCGCAUGGUUAUCUCGACAGGAUCGUUGGCUCGAGGAACAACCACAGCGUCUCCUCGAUGCAUUGUCUAUCCGACGAGGUAUGAAAAUAGCUGAUAUCGGAGCUGGAACAGGAUUUAUCACAGUGCAACUAGCACAUCGUGUCGGCCAUCGUGGUCUGGUCGUUGCUUCUGACUUACAACCUGAAAUGCUUGAUGUGCUAGUCAAUCGAUCAGAUAUGCCUGGCAAUGUAGUUCCCAUUUUAUCGACACCAUAUGAUACUCGUCUUCCUUCGAAUACAUUCGAUCUAAUUCUCUUAGUUGAUGUAUAUCACGAAGCACCAAGACCUGAUCUUUUAUUGCAAGGACUAAGACGUGCUCUGAAACCUCGCGGACGAUUAGCUCUUGUAGAAUAUCGAAAAGAAGAUCCACGAAUACCGAUCAAUCCGUAUCAUAAGAUGAGUGCUAGACAAGCAACUGUAGAACUUCAAGCAAAUCGUUUUCGAUUGGUACAACGAUAUGAACAAUUACCAUGGCAACAUCUAUUGAUCUUCGUAAAACAAUGA